AUGGCGCGGACACCGGAAGGCGCCACCGCACCCGUCCAGGCGCCGCGGCCCCUCCCGGAGCUGCCCUUCGGCUGCGUCUUCCAUCCCGAUGGCCCCUGCCUCCUCAAGCGCUACCUCCUCCCCAUGGCGCUCGGCCGCGUCCCGGACGAGCCUUACCAGGGCUUCGUCGCCGACGUCGUCGACGUGUACGCCGUGCGGCCGGAGGCGCUCCCGUUCCCGCGCUGCAACAGGGGCCUGCACGACAAGGUCUGGGACUACUACUUCACCACGCGGCCCGCGGCGGCGGGAGGAGGAUCCGGCGUGGGGGGCGGCAGCGAGGACGACGUCCGGGACGUGGCAGCUGGUGGGUGCUGGCGGCGGUACGGCGCCGAGAAGGAGUACGUCGGCGACGACGGGGAGGUCUACGGGUUCCGCCGCAGGUUCGCGUUCCACGAGGCCGGGGACCCCGGCAAGAAGACGGUGUGGAGGAUGAAGGAAUACCGCCUCAACGAGACUGCGCCCGCCUUGCGCGACCGCGGCGUCGUGUUCCACGGCACCCCAGCGCCAAUGGCCUGGUGA